GCACAGUACGCGGACCCGUUCAUUGAGGUUCUCAAGGAGUACGAGUCCAAGCUGCCCAUUGUGGUGGUCCUCGAGCCCGACAGCCUUCCCAACCUGCGACAUUCGAAAUCUGGACCACCCGAAGUGCGGCAACCCUGCGACGAUCGCCGCUUACACGGGGGGGAUCCGAUACGCUAUGGAGCAGCUGACCACACAGGUGCCCACGGUCUCGGUUUACUUGGAUGCCGCUCACGGCGGCUGGAUGGGCUGGGAAGACAACCUGGAGAAGUACGUGAAUUAUUUGAAGAAGGCAGCUUUCCCAAUGACCAAGAUUCGCGGCUUUGCGACGAACGUGGCGAAUUACCAACCCCUGGGCCAGCUCUGUCCGUUCUGUCCCGACCAGGGCUGGCGAAAUGGAUUCUGCUUGAACGGUCAUCAUACGACAGAUCCUUGUUGCGCUGACCCUUGCAAGUUGUUGGGGCAGUGGAGUCCAGGCAACAACGAGCUCAAUUACGCGCAGGAUCUUGUCCGGGCAGCCAAGGCUAUACUUGGUAUGGAUGCUCGCGCAAUCAUCGACACUGGCAGGAAUGGUGUUGCGAACAUGCGCAAGGACUGCAAGAACUGGUGCAACCCCCGUGGCGCUGGCGCGGGCAUUCCUUCGACCGCCGACGUCGCUCAUCCCGAAGUGGUCGACGCCUACUACUGGCUGAAGACCCCGGGCGAGUCAGACGGCUGCAGCCAGCAGCUGCCAGAUGGAUCCCAGUGCCCCCGUUUCGAUACUGGUUGCGGCUCCCCCGACUCUAUGUAG